GUAGAUCUCGAACCCCUUUUUUUUAUUAAUUGUAUAUUAAAAAUGGCCUCACUCUAUAAUUUCAAAAAGAUCGAGCCAGUGCCCACUGCUUCCGACUUUGUGGACAUUAUCUUGUCCAAGACUCAAAGAAAGACCCCUACUGUCAUUCACAAGAAUUACAAUAUUGGUCGUAUCAGACAGUUUUAUAUGCGUAAAGUCAAAUUCACCCAAGAAAACUUCGAGGAAAAGUUCAAAAACAUUUUAGACGAGUUCCCCAAGCUCGAGGACAUCCAUCCUUUUUAUGCCGAUCUUAUGAAUGUAUUGUACGAUAGAGAUCAUUACAAGUUGGCUCUGGGUCAAAUCAACACAGCACGUCAUUUAAUCGAUCAAGUCGCCAAAGAUUACGUUCGUCUUUUGAAGUUUGGUGAUUCACUCUACCGUUGUAAGCAGUUAAAGAAGGCUGCUUUGGGUAGAAUGGCCACUGUCAUGAAGCGUCAAAAGGACAGUUUAGCUUAUCUCGAACAAGUCCGUCAACAUUUGUCUCGUUUACCUUCCAUCGAUCCCAACACACGUACCUUAUUGAUCUGUGGUUACCCCAACGUUGGUAAAUCUUCAUUCAUCAACAAGAUCACUCGUGCUGAAGUUGAUGUUCAACCUUAUGCUUUCACCACUAAGUCUCUCUUUGUCGGUCAUAUGGAUUACAAGUACAUGAGAUGGCAAGUCAUUGAUACCCCAGGUAUUUUGGAUCACCCCUUGGAAGAGCGUAACACCAUUGAAAUGCAAUCGAUUACUGCCAUGGCUCAUUUAAGAUCUUGCAUCAUGUAUUUCAUGGAUUUAUCAGAGCAAUGUGGUUAUAGUGUUGAGGAUCAAGUCAAGUUGUUCCACAGCAUUAAGCCUCUUUUUGCCAACAAGCCCAUUGUCCUUGUCAUUAACAAGAUCGAUCAAGUCAAGCCUGAAGAUCUCCCCGAGGAGCAAAGAAAGUGGAUUGAAGAGAUUGCUGCUGAAGAGAAUGCUACUGUCUUGACUAUGUCUUGUUACAAUGACGAAGGUGUUAUGAGUGUCCGUAACAAUGCCUGUGAUAAAUUAUUAGCCGCUCGUGUUGAAAUGAAGAUGAAGGGUAACAAGAUUAACGAUGUUAUUAACAAGAUUCAUUUGGCUACACCUCAACAACGUGAUAAUGUUGCUCGUCUUCCUAAUAUUCCUGCCGAGACAAAGACACGUGUGAAAUAUGACAAGAAUGAUCCUAACCGUCGUCGUCUUGAGCGUGAUAUCGAAGAGGAGAAUGGUGGUGCUGGUGUCUUUAACGUGGAUGUCAAGAAGAAGUACUUGUUGGAAGACGAUGAGUGGAAAUACGAUACCAUCCCCGAAUUCUUGGACGGUCAUAAUGUUGCUGACUUUAUCGAUCCCGAGAUUGAAGAGAAGUUGGAAGCCUUGGAGAGAGAAGAAGAACGUUUGGAGGCAGAAGGUUUCUAUCAAUCUGACGAUGAGAUCUUGGAUGAUGAGGAAGAGAUUCUUCGUACUGCUGCUGAUGCUAUUCGUGAUCGUAAGAAGUUGAUUGUACAAGCUCAUCGUGCUGCUCGUGGUAGAACAAGACCUACCUUACCCAAGACCACAGCUGCUAAAUUCUCUACAGUGAAUGAGAUGGGUGAACAUUUGGAGAGUAUGGGUAUUGAUGCUACUGAUGCUGCUGAGCGUACACGUAAUGCCGCAGCGGGUCGUAAGCGUACACGUAACGAAGCUAUUCCUGAUCAAGCAGUACGUGAUGUGGAUGUGAAUGAACGUGAUGAGGCACUUACAGAAGAGAUGAGUAACCUUGGUUUCCGUAAUGUUAAACAAAAGUUGGAGGCCGAUAAACAAAAACUUCGUGCUCAAAAGCCAAGUGCGCUUAUGGGUAAGCGUGGUGAAUCUGACAGACAAAUUCAAACCAAGAUGCCCAAGCAUUUGUUCAGUGGUAAACGUGGUAUGGGUUCUACUGAUCGUCGUUAAAGAAACCAAAAAAACCUUUUUAGAAUAUACACAUAUAAAAAAAAAAAUCAAAUAAAAAAA